UUAGGUAAAAUUGAUAUAUUCCCCUUUACUUAAUAAAUUUUCUUAUAUUCUUGCCAAUUUUCCAAAACUUUCGACUUGAGGUUUCGGAAAUUCAAAUUAAUUUUCACGAACACAAAGACUGUUAACAUAUUGCGUUUCACUUACGGACUUCGCUGUUUCCCAUCAUUUCAGCUUGUACUUUGAUGUAAUAAAAAAUUUAAAAUUUAUCGAAUGCAUCUUUUAUUAGGUCGUAAGAUUAUUUUUCGGUUAUGAAGAGCCUGGAGAGUUGACGAUUUCUGAGAUUAGAAGGUGAGCAUAUAAAAUUGAUUUAUUACAAUUUUUGUUUAAUACUCAGAUUAAUUAAUAAAUUUUGAAGAAAAUUUAUCAAGAAAUAUAUCCUAAUGGUCAUUUAAGCUUAUGAGUUUUUGGAAAGUAAUACUUUGGAGAAAGAUCUACAGCCUUUUAUAGUGUAUUAAUGAUACCCAAACAAUAAAAAAUUAGGCAGUUUGUCAUUAAUUUUUGAUAACUGUUCUUUUAACUCAUCUAAUAGCGUAUCUUUUAAAUUGUUUUCAGCCAUAGAGGUUUUCCAUCAAUAAGAAAUCUUCUCCGGUGACAGAUGCCCAAGAAAAGUUAUAAGCUUGGUUAAAUAUUCAAGAAUGUCUUGGUACUGCGAGAAUCACCUUCAUAGGUUAACCACAUUAUGAUAACAAAAAUGGAUCUCAGACGACAGUGUUUUUGAAGGCUUGCUAGCUCCCAGAAGGCCACGUGCUUACUGAGUCUCAACACAAUACCUUCGUGAUGAGUGGGAAGGCUCUCUUAAUAAGGAGAGGUAUAAUCCUACACGGGAUUGUCAGAAGUAUCAAAAUGUUGAAUCUGCAGAUGUAUGUGACAGCGGCGUUUUGCAAAACUCCGUGGAAUUCUACAGAAAAAUUUCAUCGUAGGCAGCCGUCGUUUUAGCAAAAAUGGAAUUUCAUGCGUUACAGAUUCCCUGACAUCAUCUAAAAGUAAGGAAUAACAUUAGUUAUGGCCAGCCAAGGGCAUCUUUUUGGAUUGUCGAUGCUCAUGUUAUCUCUCUACUUAGCCUGUGGUGUUCAUUUAUCCAGCAAGCAUAGCAUGAAGGAAAAUAGCGACAUCAAUUCACAAGACAUUACUGGCGUAGGGGCCAUCGCCACUGGUAGUGAGCAAUCUUCAAACGCUUCUGUUGCGCCACACUUUGGGAAUGACUUGUCUGGGGCGCUGUUUUCCGGAACAACCCCCAUGCCAUAUCACACAAACCGACGUAAGACACGCCCUCAAUUUCAACUUAACUGGAUGCAGAAUGGGGUUAAGAGAGCAGAGAAAAAGCCUAAUAGUACACGCGACGAGCCCUCUGUAACAUACACUACUAAUAAUGCUCGAGAAAUAGACCUAAUAGAUUUGAGACUUGAAAUGAACAGCACCGCUAACUUUUCUUGUAACUGUUCUCUGGAGAGCGACAAGGACGCUUCGAAUUCUGAACCUGUUUCUGGUAACCAUAGCAGUAACAUUGAGGGAAGCCUUGCCUGCCUUUCUCUCCAGUCAGUGCCUUUAGCUUGGACUGAAAUCCUGCAAGACAAAGAGCUUCUCUGUGUAACGAAUAGGCAUUGGUUGGAAUUCGAACCACCAUCUAAAACAAGCCACAAGAUCCUAGCAGUCAUUUAUUUGAUUGUUCUUGUCGUAGGUACUUUUGGGAAUGCGGCUGUCAUCUUUCUUUUCAUCAGUUCGAGAACGUUGCGAACGGCAUCGAAUUUACUGAUCCUGAACUUAGCCGUCAGUGACUUCCUCUUGUUGAUAACCAUAUCUGCUCUUGUGCACAAUUCCGUCCAUGAGGGACCCGCUACUGGAAGAAUUGGUUGUGAUGUUUAUGGGUUUCUCGGUGGUCUUACUGGCACAACAUCCAUCAUGACUCUGGCUGCCAUUUCCCUCGACCGAUAUCUUGUGAUUUCCUUCCCCCUGGAUCCUUUCAAGAGGCUCUCUUACCGGCAGGUUCUCGUCAUUAUAAUGUUGACUUGGAUAUAUUCUUUCGUGUUCUCAGUCAUACCCCUUGUGGGCAUCGUGGGUAUUCAUUAUUCUCCCGAAGGAUUUCUCACCUCUUGCAGUUUCGAUUAUCUUACAACUUCGACUCGGACGCGUGUCUACAUAUUUUCGUUCUUCGUGGCUGCGUGGGUAUUGCCACUCUACAUAAUCUCCUUCAGCUACAUUUCCAUCGUGAACACAGUGUCCAAGCAGGAGCGCCAUUGCUAUACCUGCAGGAAAACUCUGGUCAAGUCCUUCAAGCGGCAAAGCAUGCGAGGAAGGAAGAAGGUCGAGGUUAAGUUGGCUAAAGUUGCUUCCGGUAUCAUAGGUCUGUGGGUGUUAGCUUGGACACCGUACGCAAUUGUGGCACUGUUGGGGAUCUUCAAUCAGCGCCGCCUCAUUACUCCCAUCGUGUCAAUGAUACCUGCCAUCUUCUGCAAGACUGCGGCCUGUUUAGACCCUUACGUCUAUGCACUCUCUCAUCCUCGUUUCAAGGCUGAGAUUAGAAAACGCCUUUGCAAUCACCGAUCUAAGAGUAUACUGGAUAGCACAAGGAACGGGGCCAUAGCUGGGGUAUCAGCUAGCACUGUAUCGGAAAUAAGAGAGGAACGUGAACUGUCAGAGCCACAGGGCUGGGAUCUGUCAGAGCCCUCGACGAGUACACUGGGUCCUCUUCUUCAGCAGAAGAAUUCUUUCUGCAGUCACCCAGCUUUGAACUCUGCGACUACGAAGAGCCGCGCCUCUCUCAAUUCUCCUGGAAGCAAAAGUCUUGUAUCUCCAGUUACCAGUGAAAUAUAUCCCAGAAAAAGCAUAUCAACUUACAGUUUCAGGGGAACCUCUAAGUCUUUAAAUUUUUCAGAGAUCAGGGAAUUGAAGAAAAGAUCGGAGAGAAGACAUUCAAAACCCUCCGUACCGAUGGAGUAUGAGACUACAGUUUUUGUUGAGGUUCCAAAUGGUAAAAAUUUGACCCCACCACCUGGAAGGGGAAUUGUAAGCGACGAAACAAAAGAAACCAUUUUGUCGUCCACUGAGUCUGUUACUGUCUGGAGUCCUCAUGCAGUUAAUGGUCUGAAUGAUAGUGCUAUUCUAUCUGCUGAUAUUAACUGUCCAGGCUACUUAGACAUGACCGUCUUUCCAUUUUCAGGCCUACCGUCUGUUUGUGUAGCUGGUCAUCAGUCCAAACCGAGCAACAGACGAAGUAAUAGUCUUCCCAAUAUAAAGCUGAUUACUACUAAUAAGGGUAGUGAAGAAAACGCCAGAGUGAACUUUUUGUUCCAGUUUUUCCAUGGUGAAGUAGUUUACAGAGGCAGAAAGAAUAACAGUUAUUCUUCUCUGAAUCCUGGCGCAGGAAAACCUGAAAUGUUUUCUUAAAACCAUCUCUCCUGAGCUUGGAUCUUUGUAGGUAUUCCUCAGCAUCGUUGUCUGUCACAUAUCUCAGAAGUAUGUCUCUUAAAUGUUGUAGAUUUAUUCAAUGUAUGUUCUAUAUCUAUGACUGUAUUUUAUUUCUAAUAGUAAACAAUGAAUAAAGGCUAAGAUUUCAAGUAAGUACUUGCUAUAUAGCUCAGGUACAUUCUGCAGAAAUUAUAUUUUUGUAGCUGACACAUUUUAUGAUCGACAUUUAGAUUUCGAUCUCUUCAUUGGUCAUUUUAAUAGUUUCCAUGGCAUCCAUUGUGUCCUUAAUCUAAAGCUAAAGGCUGGAUUUCGGUUCAUAGCUGUUUUUGAGUUUUACAAACCAAGAGAUUUUUCUAAGUGAACUUGAUAUACAGUUUUAAUAGUGACCAAUAAAGAUAACAAUGUGCCACCUUUUCCUCUGAGUGACUGCCAUUUUUUCACAAGUUAGUCACAGAUUUGCAUGGAAAGAAAUCGAAGAGGAAAUAAUGAAGUGGAGUAAGAAACAUUGUGGUAAUUGCUUGAAACGAAAGUUACCGGAGAAAAAUCUCAUCUUGAAGAAGCAUAUCUUGUACUAAAUAUUAACGAUUUUUCUGAAAACUAAAAAUUUCCAUUUGCUGUAUUUUUGCGAGCCAAAUAAACCCAUGACAACCGAUACACACUUCCAAAACCCAUAUGAUGACCUGGCAUGCGGUUUAUUUUGGCAGUUACUUCCUGAACAGUCGUUCCAAAAAUCUACUCUGUACCUUUGAUUCUUUGAUUUUUCUUUUUUGCAAUUCUCUCUCUCUCUCUCUCUCUCUCUCUCUCUCUCUCUCUCUCUCUCUCUCUCUCUCUCUCUCUCUCUCUCUCAUUAAAUCUUGAUUUUUAGUACGCAGCAGAACUGAAAAGAAUUUCACAGACUAAAGAAACAAAUAACUACUUAGACGCUUAACUAACACCAAGAGUUGUGGAAGUAUUUUACAACAGCUUUUAGAUAUGGAGAGAGGUAGAAGACCAAUUCUUAUUCAGCCGUUUAGUGAAUGUUUUAACUAAAAGUCAAAUCAAAUUUAUUGAUUUCUUCAUUACUGUCAGAAGUAAUAAAUGGCAUUUCUCUCUCUCUCUCUCUCUCUCUCUCUCUCUCUCUCUCUCUCUCUCUCUCUCUCUCUCUCUCUCUCUGUCAUCUUUGCUGUGAUAUAAACUAGAAUUAAAUCGAUUUCCUAACCAUAUCUGCGGAACUAUGUAAAACUUUUAAUCAUACGGAAGCCAAAAAGUCAAGGUUUUUAUAUUACAGACUUAAAAUUUAUGUUGCUAUCACCAGUCGAGCUUGAGAAACAAAUUCCUUUCCAUGUCUUUCACAACUAAUUAUUAGGAAGGUGAUAUAAGGUUCCCAAACAAUAUAAUAUGUAGCCAGGUAUAUCGUGAAAGUGCUCACAUAACUGGUGAAUUUACGUAAAAGUUAGGUCAUCAAGUUACCAAGAUCAAUAACCUUACUCCCGUUCUUGUUGGUGAUGGAAAUUUAUUAUGUAAUCUGUAAUUCGUUUCAUAUACUAUCACACCAGGAUGUUGCAGAAGCGCAAUUCAUAUCUAUAUUUGGAAGUGAAGUGCGGAUGGGGAAUGCAAAUAAAGGAAUGAAGGGUUGAAGCUGUUCAGAUGAACUAUUGCAGAGAUAUAUUUCUCGUAAGAAGAAGGGUAAGGAUGAGGAAUGUGGCGGUGGGUAGAAGUGGUCAAAUCGUUAGUAGAGGUGAAAGGAUGGAUCAGGGUUUUGGUAUUGUCAUGUGAAAGAGUGGUGGACGUUGUUGAAAAGGCUCUGUCAUUCGAAAAUGUUAGCUUGAAGGAGAAGAAACCCUUGAAAGCUCAAGCUUUGUUUUUGGAAAGCUUUGUUAUUCGGAAAUAUAAGCUUGAAGGGGAAGAAAACCUAGAAAGCUCAAGUUAGGAAGGGUGAAGGAGGUAUCGUAAAAUGAUACGCUUAAGACUCCACAAGUGCAACAAUGAAGGGACUAAUGUUGAAAUUUUCAGAACUGGAGAGCUAUCCAUAAUAUUGCUGUUAAAGUAUGAAUAUAGUGGCCAUUUUUUCUCUGGACUCACACCUCGUAUGGGAAAGUGUUAAAUACUGAACCAGUUACACACACACACACACACAUAUAUAUGUAUAUAUAUAUAUAUAUAUAUAUAUAUAUAUAUAUAUAUUUGUUUGAAUUUAUUUACUAGAAGUUUGCACGUGUUGACGAGUAAUCAGCGAUUUCGUGACAGUUCUCACAGCUGGAUUUCUCCCUGAGGAUGUCAGCCGCUCUGAUCAGGAUGUGUUUCACAAAACAGGAGGAUAUAGAGUUCUAAUAAAAAUUGAUUGAUGUACAUAGGGCUAACCCUGUUUAUGGGAAAUGAAAAGUAAAGAUUAUAUAGGCAGAAACAAAAAUGCGCCGUAUCACAUAAUGGUGGAAAUAAUGAGAGGGAAAAGGCAGUGAGGCUGACAGGGAAACGGCGAAGAAGUUGAUAAAUAACAUGAGAAACAAAUGAAGGAAAGUGCUCAAGAAGUACGUGUGUUGAAUGAAAUUGGGCGCCAGCACCGAUAAAAUUUAUGAGCCCAAUCUAUAUUCCUACAACCUUUUAUUCUUGCUGAAGACGAGAUGGCACACGAGUCGUCAUUUGCAAAUCUGGAUGAGGUAAGAAUGAAAUACGGUUAGGCCUAAUUUAUUUAAUUGUUAUAUCCCGCAGCUCUUACCGUAUGACCCUCAUCUCCCAGCUGGUUGGAAAUCUUUUCUACCCUGUGACCCUUAUCACCCUGCGGAGUUUCCAUCACUGCUAUACAGUGUUGCCACUACGAAGGUAGUAGGAAGAGAAUUAUGGACGAUGACCUAGAUUUGAAGGUUCGACUGAAAGAUUUUCUCUUUCCAUGUGGAUGCUCAUCCGUCGAACAGUCGCAGGUGAACUGUCGGGUUAAGCUGAUCGUGAAUACCCUGCCUUCAAGAGAAGCGGAAUAUACUAUUUGGAAGGAAAAAUAGGACUUACGAAAGUAUUUUAAAGUCAACUUAGCACAAUGUUCCUUGUGAAAUGAUCAUUAUAGUGUGGGGUCUAUUAGAAGGAAAUGUUUGUGGUUCAAAGGGUUAAAAGGGUGAGAAAUAUAGAGAUGACACAAUAUGAUAAAGAGGUUAGGAAAGAUGAAAAAAUAGAAGAGUUAUUCGAGCUUGUUUUAGCUUUGGGCGAGGCAUGGCAAGUUAUGGAAAAGAUUGUAUAAUUCUGAAAUUUUGAAUGUCGGAACGAGAUGGCUACCGAGAAUCACGGCCUUGACUAUUUGGAGUAAAAAAAAAGGGUUGAAAUGGAAGCGAGUUAAUAUACACCAGUUAAUAUAGACGUAAGAGGGUGUUUGUUGGCGCACUAAUGAUGAGACUCCCGUGUUGGCAUGUGAAGUGCUGUUGCUGUGAGAGUUUUUUUUUUCCCAGGGGGCUGGGGGGUUGGAGGUGGGGGAGUUAGGGUUGGUUCAUCUGUGAUUAGUGAAAUGACUGGUUGUGACUGUUAUCUAAUAUUUCUUUGGAGACAUCUUUGUUAGGGGAAACGACUUCCUGGUGAGCGUGUGUGUUUCCCUUUGUAUAAAUACACACAGUUUUACGUAGGUCUAGUACUUCAAUUAAUUUUUAUAUAAGUGACUUGUUUAUAUUGCAGAUAGCUCGCAGAAGAAUAAAAAGAUUGAUGACCACUAAACCGAAAGAACACUUAUUUGGAAACACCCAUCGACAUGAAGUUUUAACGAUUCGUCGUAAAUAAUAGUGAUUUGAUAUUUACAACCAUUAAUAUUAAAAAAAAAGUUCCACACAUUCACUGGUUUGAAUAAAUUUAUUCGCUGUUGAGAGCUUCAAGCAGUUUAUUCUUCCCUGCGAGUAAAUUGGGCGAAUGAAAUUGAUGGCUAUAUUGGUAUGAAAGAGUGAUAAAAAUUUAUGUUAUCAUUACCUGGUUGAAGUGAACGUUAAAGUAGUAUAUAAUGUUAGCUGGAAUGGAUAAGUGGGAAGGGGCGAUCUUUGAUAAAAAUGGGCUAGGGUUAAAGAUACGUAGUGCAAAGAGUACAUGAGAUUCAAAAAUGUAUUAGUUAAAUCAGUGUUUUGUCUUUGUGGAUAUAUUCAAAGAAUUGUGAGGCAAGGUAAUGAAAUAAGAGGAUCGGUCAGUGAAGGAAGAUUAUUUGAAGAGCAGUCCGGGACGCAUAUUUCCCAAGUCUGGAAGAGUUUAGGGAUGGGGAAAAUUAAGACCAAUCAAAGCGCGUGGAGCUGAUCCAUGACGUCACAAGCCACGCCUUUUAGCUCUCUCCUCAGUCCUAUAUCCAUUACUGCCGCUAGUCAAUUUCACAGCUUACGGCUUGUAUGACAUAUACAUUUUAGUCAGAUAUAUCUAAAGAUAAUGCAACACUAAUUUAACAACAAUAUAUUAUUCAAAUGAGAUACACCAUGAAAUAUAUUAUGCGUUAUUGGUUUCUCCCUCUUGGUAAAUGAUAUUUUCACAUUGCGAAUUUCUAAAUUAUAUACUUGAAAAUGCAUGUUUAAAGCCAUUUAUAAAGGGUUGCGAUAACUCACGGGAUGAAUCAAACAAUAUACAAGAUGGUAAAAAUGAUGGUAUCUGACCUGUUUGUAGGGGAAAAUAGAGAGAGGGAGUAGGCUUACAAAACGGAUUUCUAUUGACAUGCUAUUUUGUAUAAAAGCAAUAUACUGGUCAUAACUAGGCCAUGAACAGGAAUCAGACUGAUAUAGUCCCUGCUAUUUACAGGAACACAGUUUCAGCUUCAUUCAUUAAAUUAUUUCAAGAGCUAAUGUGCCCUUAAGGAAACCUAUGGUAUUGUUGUUUUGGUGAUCUAAGUUAGCCUAAUGUAACCAAAUAUAGUUACGUGACAAACUCAUCCUGUCAGUAGCUAAUCUGCAUACGGUUGUUUUUCAAGGUGCACUUGAUAAGCUGUAGUAAAAAAUUGCCUUUUUGAGGUGGAUUCCGUUUUCAUAAAACCUUCCAGAUGUCCUUACCUGAUUGGUCCUUGUCAUUCAUUGUGUACAAAUAUAUAAAAAGUUUUUAUUGAAAAUUUUUUGCUUUUGAUUUUUUACUGCUCAUUUAUUGUGUACGAACAAAUAAAAAGUGACAAUAAAAUUCAGUAUUGAAUAUUUUUAGCAAGCCCUUACGGGAUUUUUGCUUAAAAUUCAAUGUGUACAAAGAAAACACUGAUUAUUUAGUUUAUUUAAUAUUCUUAGCAAAUCUUUCGUACUUGUCAUUCAUUGUGUGCAAAGAAUUAAAAUGAGUAUUUCAUUAGUAUGUAAUACUUUAAGCAAUUAUAGGAGUACAGAAUACUAACUAUUUACGGAGUUACAGUAGACUUUUUACUAAACUGAACUAGAGCAGAAUUGGUGCAUAAAUUUAUUAGAACUGCGAUAUGCUUUAAAGUAAAUAUGGAUGACACUUUUUUCCAACUCUCUUUCAACAGAAAAUUUUAUUCAAAUAUUCAACCCGUAUCAAUUAAAGUUAGGGAUAAUGACAGUAUAUGAGUAUACGACUAUUUUCAUCCAAGCUCACACUCACUAGCCAAAUGUAUGCGUUAAAUUAAGUGCAUAAUAUUUUUUUGCAUAGAUUUUUGGCAUUAUGCGAAACACUGGGGUAACUAAGGCCAUUCAGCGCUGAAACGGAUAUUGGCAGUAAAAGGUUUGAAAGGUGUUACAGGAGGAAAACCUUAAAGCAGUUGCACUAUGAAGCAAUUGUUGGGAGAGGGUGGACAAUAAGAUAGAAGAAAGAGGAUAUGAACGGAGGUAACAGUAAAAUGAAUGAAAGUAGUUGAAGGGACGCUGCAAAGAACCUUAAGUAAGGCCUACAUUGCACCAAAUGAGGCAUAAAUUAUAUACUGAGCAUGUGUGUAAAUUAUAUACUUGAACAUGUGUGGCACUAUCCCCCUACGGGGUAAGUAAAUUUGUCAUUAAAACUCUAUCCUCCACAUUUCUUUUAAGCAUAAGGCAAUUAUUAUUUUAGUUCUGUACAUACCUUUUUAUAGCCUGAAACAACAGGCAGUAACGCCUGAAAAACGUUCCAUGCUCCAUGCUUUUAAAACCGUCACUUUCAAGGUCCAAGAUUCUUGAUGGGUCAUGGGAGUCGAAGUGCUGCGAGUUCCUGGCCUCCGGUCUGUAGUCUGUAGUGCUAAUUACAGGUCAUAUACUAUCAUUUUUACCAUACCAUCAAUUUUACCAUCUUGUAUGUUUUUUAUUUUCUAAAUGAUUCUAAACACACAUGUUCAAGCAUAUAAUUUAGCCACUUGCAAUGAAAAUAUUAUUUAUGCAGUAAAUAUCGAUUUUGUGAGCAGGAAUUAAGAGGGACUGAGCACUAUUACAAAGAGUGAGAAACCAAUAACGCAUAAUAUAUUUCAUGGUGUAUCUCAGUUGAAGAAUAUAUUGUUUGUUGAAUUGGUGUUGCAUUAUGUUUCGAUAUAUCUGACUAAAAUGCAUAGGUCAUACAAAGCCGUAAAUUGUGAAAUGGGGAAGUAUUUCUUCGGCAAUGUGACUGGCAGUAAUGGCUAUAAGACCGAGUGUAGCCAAAAGGCGUGGCUUGUGACGUCAAGGAUCAGCUCCACGAGCUUUGAUUAGUCCUAAAUUUCCCCAUCUCUAAACUCUACCAGACUUGGGAAAUAUGCGUCCGGGACAGUCCGCGUUAGUGUGAGUUUCAAAUGAAAAUUGAGAAUGUAGUUGUAUGAUAUAGUUAGUUUGAAUAGCUGUUAAAUAGUAUGGCAUAGAAUUCAGAGGAUAAACAAAGGUGAAUAGCGUAAGAGUAAAGAUUCAAGGUAAAUUGAGAAUGUUGCAUAAGCUUGAGUGUUGAGAAUUCAAUGAGGUCAUUAGUAAGCUGGAGAUGUGAGAAAUAUGGGAGAGGCUCCAGAGGAAUGAGUGAGAAGAAUUGUUCCUUUGCAUAAAAGAAAAAAGUAACCGAAUCGCUGGUAAUGAUUGGAGGGACAUACAAUGAAUAGUAGAAUGGGGAAGUUUUAUUGCGGGGUUUUGACUGAGAACGUAAGACAGUAAACAGGAUUUAUAAUUUUAUAAGGGCUUUGUUGUUUAAUUGAAGUAAACUGGCGUUUCAACAACUAUGGGCAUUGACACCUAAUUACUAUGGGAUGCAACAACUAAGGUAAUUGACGCCAAAUUGGUAGGGAAGGUCCAGAGUAAGCUUAAAUAGCAAAUGACUGCAAUGUAAAUUAUGUUUGAAAUUAUUCAGGUAUGUAAGAACUUUGAGAUUGUAGAAAGAAACAGAAUAUCAUGUACACAAAGCUUAUAUGAGAAUUGAUAAGGAUAUGUAGGAAGUUGGGGGUUGUUGGUAUAGGUGAUGAUAUUUUGUGAUUGCAGGUUUUUACGAUCAAAGCAAAGCUUGUAUAGAAUGCAUAGCAUGAAUGUUGGUUUACCCUAAGCAAGGUAUCGGAAAGUUGCAAUUACAAGGUUGUUCAAUAGAGAUUUAGGUUCUGAUUUGAUGGGGAGUGGUUGAUUUUUGUAGAUGUUAAUUCCUUGUGAUGAAGUGAACCUGCAGUAACUAUUAACAGAAUUUGAAAGUGUUUCAUAGCAGAGAGUAAAGUUAUGAAGGUCAGUGAAUUCCGCAAAGCUGAAACAGUGAAUACUGGUAUGGAUGGGUGGAAGAGUGGUCGCAGCAGAUCCUUAAAGGCGAUAAGAAAUAAUAUGAUGGGUGAUGUUAAUAUGAAUAAAGCAGUGAAGAGAUGGAUGGAAGUGGUUUGAGUUGGUUCAAUCAUGUCAACAGCGAGGUUGACAGUAAGUUAAUCAAAUGUGUUUUUAAUCUUGAAGUAUUGGUUUAGGCUGGAAGGAGCACUGGGAAGUGACGGAAUAUAUGUAGAAGAUACAGUUUUUGCUAAUGAUCCUCAAGAGAAGAUAUAUACUAUGAGAAGGAUGAUGCUCUGGAAAUUCGUACUUGAUUUAGAUUAAAAGGAUGAACUUGACAGUCAGUUCGGGUAUGUAAUUAAUUAUAUGCAUAUGUUUAUUUAUAUAUACUAUGU